CCGCUGUUCAAUUGACCUUCCUUCUCCAUCACCUCUCCCACCUCAACACCUCCCUCUCUCAUUCUCUCUCCAGUUUCACAAGACAGGAAACAGGCCAGGCCAGCUGCUGAGCUAGCUGUACUGCGCCAUCUCUCCUUCAUUGCCUCCUCGCAUCCUGACGAUGGUCGCGCCUCUCACGGUGCUUGCGCCCUCAGAGCCGGCGUACCUAGCCGCGCUGGCGCGGCAGCCCAAGGAUGCGCGCCCAGACGAGAUCUACGAGAAACUCGAGAUGGUGGGCAAGGGCGGCUACGGCGCCGUGUACCAGGGCCGGCACAAGGAGACUGGACACAUCGUUGCCCUCAAGAUCAUCAACCUCGACACAGGAGACGACGACGUUAGCGAUAUCCAGAAGGAGGUGUCGCUGCUGCAGCAGCUCAUGGGAAGUUUCGCGGCGGGGUCCGGCGGCGCAGGCGCCAUGCCCAACUUCACCAAGUACUACGGUAGCAUGAUGGAAGGGCCAAAGGUCUGGAUCAUCAUGGAAUACGCUGAGGGAGGGAGUAUCCGGACUUUGUCAAGAGCCCAGCCGCUCAAGGAGUUGCACAUCGCCCUGAUCAUGCGCGAGGUGCUGGUUGCGCUCACGUUUCUGCACAAGAACGGUGUAAUCCAUCGAGACAUCAAGGCCGCCAACAUUCUUAUGACGACACAGCCACCACGUAUCCUGCUGUGCGACUUUGGCGUCGCGGCGCUCCUCGCAAGCAACACCUCAAAGCGCUCGACUUUCGUGGGCACACCAUAUUGGAUGGCGCCAGAAGUUGUAACGCAAGGCCGACUCUACGAUGUCAAAGCCGACAUCUGGAGUCUAGGCAUUACGCUGCUGGAAAUGGCGCAUGGCGAGCCGCCGAUGCACGGCCAGCCGCCGGCGCACGCCGUCAAGAUUCUUGGUGACAAGAAGCUGCGCGCCCCUCGUCUCGAUGGCGGCACAUGGAGCAAGGAGAUGCGCGACUUUGCCGUCGCCUGCCUGAAUGAAGAGCCCGCGGACCGUCUGAGCGCGGAGGAUCUCAGCAAGACCAAGUGGAUCCGGCAGCAAGCAAAGACCCCGCUAACGACUCUCACGGAGUUGAUGGUCCGCUUUCAGGCGUGGAAGGCGGGCGGAGGACAGCGCAUGUCUCUGGCGCCUGGGGUGGGUGCCCAGAUUGACGACGACGCCGCUUCGGUUGAUGGUGAUGACUGGAGCUUCACAGUCCGCUCACGAAUGAGCAUGCUAGAGGUAGCCGACGAGCCAGGAAUUGCGCCCCCUGAGAGCUUGCGCCGCCUCUUCCAGGACGACAACACUGCCGACCCGUUUCAAAGCUUCGUUCCGGCGCCCUCGCCCAGUCCGAUGACAGAGGAACCAGAGGAGCUCGAAGGAUCGGACGCGGGCGGCACGGUGAGACAGAGUCGCAAGCCACGCCACCUCUUCAUCGUGACGAACCCGUCCAACCCCACGGCAGACAGUGGGAGUGCGCAGGCCACGCCGUUGGCGCGCCCCAAACCCAGUGUUGAUACAUUCUCAUCCGCGCCCACUAUGCGGAUGGGUACGACGCCCGAGCCUUCCUCUGCAGCACAACGCCGUCGUCCUUCAGGCUCAGACGCGGCGCUGAGAGGCUUCCAGUUCCCGCUCAUGGCCGGCGCUAAGCCUGCUCCGGCGCCACCACUCCCCAAACCACAAUUCGCGAAACCCAGCGCAGAGGAGUUGAGUCCUUUGGACCAGCCUGCGCCGCCGUUCGCUCGGCCGCCAAUGAUGCGCCAGGCCUCGGCUACAGUCAUGGAGGGGCGGGCGGCGAAGGAGACGCACGCGCAGGCGCAGGCGCAGCUCGCGGCUGAGGUACCGGCGUCGCCUACCAAAAUCCCCGGUCUGGGCGUACCCAGUAAGGGUGUUGCGAUGAUGCGUUCGCGCUCCGGAAGCAGGAUAGACGACUCGCAGGUUGGGCUACGCGACCUGCUCAAGCUCUCGCCCGCGGUGCCCGAGAGCGCCGACCUCCUCCCGCCUUCACCAAGCACGCUGACGGCGCCGAAGCCGUUUGUGGCGCUACCCAGCCCGCUCGGGGCCGGCGACACAUCCAACUCGAGUUUUAUGAGUGCAGCCGGAUUCAGCAACGGGUUCAAUGCGGGGUUCAGCAGCGCGGGUUUCGGAGCGGGCUUUGGCGGGCUGGGCAUGGGUAUGACGAGCAUGAGCACACCGGCGCUGCUUGCGUCGCCGCUCAACCAGAGCUCGACGAGUCUGCCGUCCAUGCUGCCAAGCCCCGGGUUGGUGCAGCUCAACGGGCCGCGUCCACUGGACCUCCCGCGGCUGGACGAUGUGGGCGCAGCCACCACCGAGCUCGAGACCACGGUCGACGAGCUGCGCCGUUGGCUGGACAUGGUAGCCGGCGGGCUUGACCAUUUACUCCGCGUAGGUGAGGACGGGGACGAGGAGGGCGUGCUCGCGUAGUGUGUGUGCCUGUGCGUAGAUGCAUGUUGUACGAUGAAUCUAGUGUCU